AGCCACCCCACACUCCUGCUGAGUUUGUCUUUCAGUCUCAGACUCUUGGAAGCCAGCAGCUCCUUCUCGAGGUCCCAUGGCCAGGAAUUCCAGCCACACUGCAGGUUUGAGGGUGCAACUGCCCCUACUCUGCCUCCUCUUUCAGGCAGCCAUCGUUAUCCUCUUUUCAUUUUUUGUCCGGUACAACCAUGAGACAGAUUCCUCCCUCUGGCACCAAAGCAACCACAGCAUUAUGGACAAUGACUUUUAUUUUCGCUAUCCAAGUUUCCAGGAUGUCCAUACCAUGAUCUUCAUCGGUUUUGGUUUUCUGAUGACCUUCCUACAACGCUAUGGAUUCAGCAGCAUUGGCUUCAACUUUCUCCUCUCAGCCUUUUCUUUGCAGUGGUCCACUCUGGUCCAGGGUUUCCUCCACUCCUUUCAUGAAGGAAAGAUCUACAUUGGUGUGGAAAGCAUGAUCAAUGCUGAUUUCUGCACUGGAGCUGUUCUGAUUUCAUUUGGGGCCGUGUUGGGCAAAACUAGCCCUGUACAGCUGCUGCUCAUGUCUCUACUGGAGGUGACACUGUUUGGGAUCAAUGAGUUCAUCCUCCUCAAUCUUCUUGGGGUGAAAGAUGCUGGGGGCUCCAUGACCAUCCACACCUUUGGUGCCUACUUUGGGCUUGUUCUCUCUAGAGUUCUUUACCGAUCGCAGCUGGACAAGAGCAAACACCGGGAAGGCUCUGUGUAUCACUCAGACCUCUUUGCUAUGAUUGGAACCAUCUUCCUGUGGAUCUUUUGGCCAAGCUUCAAUUCAGCCAUUACUCAUACUGGGGAUGGUCAGCACCGAACAGCCCUCAACACAUACUACUCCCUGGGGGCCAGCACCUUGAGCACUUUUGCCUUAUCAGCCCUCCUAAACAGAGAGGGAAAGCUGGACAUGGUCCACAUUCAGAAUGCAGCACUGGCAGGUGGGGUGGUUGUGGGGACUUCUGCAGAAAUGAUGAUUACGCCUUUUGGGGCUCUAGUUGCUGGAUUCCUGGCUGGGACCAUCUCCACUCUGGGAUACAAAUUCCUCAUGCCCAUCCUUGAGUCAAAGUUCAAAGUCCAAGACACAUGUGGAGUCCAUAAUCUUCAUGGGAUGCCUGGGGUCCUGGGAGCCCUCCUUGGUGCUCUUGUGGCCGCGUUGGCCACCCAUCAAACCUAUGGAGAAGGAUUGGAAAAGAUAUUCCCCUUGGUUGCUAAAGGCCAUCGAAGUGCAACAUCCCAGGCUGUAUAUCAACUUUUGGGGCUCUUUGUCACCCUGGUGUUAGCUUCCUUGGGUGGAGGAAUUGGAGGACUUCUGCUGAAGCUCCCCUGCCUGAGCUCCCCUCCUGAUUCCCAGUGUUAUGAGGACCAGAUCUAUUGGGAGGUUCCUCUUGAGCAUGAAGAUGAAGUCCAGGGACACUUGAGGUCUGAGGAUACAGAGACUCAGGCUUAAACUGUGAACCUUUGCAAGACUUAUCAUUCUUGUUUGGGGAACAGGGACUCCUAUGGGACCUGAGGGAUGAUGAGGAUGCAUUAUGACUCUUGAAUAUGGGAGAAGCUCACCUCUUUUGUUGGGAAGUUGUUUGAUCUCUCUUGCUGCAAACAGAAAUAUUCACCAAUUAACAGCAGUUCUUGAUUGAGAAGAAUUUCAGGGACUGGGCCAGAAAACCUACUAUGGGAGUGAUACAGGGAGAAAUGAGACAAAAGGCAGGGAGAAUGGGUGUGAAAAGAGCAGGCAGGAGAGAAAGGGCUGUGAAGGAUGUAGUAUCAUUGGGCUGGGUGGAGUCAUCAUAGGGCAGGUAGGAGUGGAGGGGGAUGACAUGUCCAUGGGAUGAUAAACACCCCUCCCCCUGAUUUAUCUGUCUUUCUAGUCUAUCUGCUUAGACCUUAGAAAUUGAUUUAUUUAUCCCCUGUCACAGAAACACGUUAAAUGUUUAACCUGAGACUACUGAAAACUGAGACUAUGAAGGCGAUUAAAUCCCACAUCAUUUGUACAUAUCUGUCACUUCUCCUUAUUCAAUUGAAUCUUGGAAGGCCUUCCCAUGACCUAACCUCCUUCCAUUCUGCUGAAACGCCAUAUU